GUACUUGCCUCCGCAAUGCAUCAUCCCGGUAAACCACGCCCCCUCUUACCUGUCCCGCACCUGAGCAACACAAAGCCAUGUCACUGGACAGACGCCCGUGACCGAGAGAUGGCUGCGCUUCUAUAUCUAUAUCUUAUAUGUGUACUUGGGACUGAAAUUAAAGGCCUGUUGGAAGCACAAUCAUCCAAGUCUCAGGAACAUACUGUUGUCAUCCCUAAACUCCUUCAGGAACGAGUCAAGAGACAUGAACACCGUGAAAAACACCUUCCCGAGGAGAGGCACUCUGAGCGCUUGGUGUACUCGCUGAGGAUUGGCGACCGGGACCGCACUCUCCUCCUGGAGAAAAACAGGGACUUCCUGUCAGCUGACUUUGUGGAGUAUUCCCACGGUCUGCGAGGGAAAGUGGACCAGAGGACACCGAUGAAUCAUGUGCACUGUCACUAUCAUGGCUAUGUGGAGGGGGACGAGGAUUCACUGGUUGCCCUUAGCACCUGCGCAGGGCUCAGGGGUGUGAUUCAUGUGGAUGACCAGAGCUAUGGACUAAGGCCAGUUACUGAGUCCGGUUCUGGUGAGCACUUCCUGUUUGAUCUGGACCGGGCCGGAUCGGAGCCGUUUGUGUGCGGCGUCUCCAACACCACUGGCCAGACGGACCCCAACGGACCUCACCAGCCCUCCCUCUCCACACUCCUCAGGCGCAAGAGGAACCUCCCACAGACGCGCUACGUAGAGCUGGUGCUGGUCAUCGACAAGCAGAGGUACGACUUUAAGAAGCAGAACAUGACGGCCGUAAGAGAGGAGGCAGUGCAGCUGGCCAACCUGCUGGACGGGUACUAUAAGCGGCUGAAUGUGCGUGUAGUGCUGGUGGGGCUGUGGGUGUUUGAGCAGGGGAACCCCUUCAGUGUGGACGGGACGGCAGGGGAGGUGUUGGGACGCUUCGUCACCUGGAGGCGCACAGUCCUGCUGCCCACCAAGAGACACGACGUGGGCCAGCUCAUAGUAGGGCGUGGGACACCGUACCCAAAUGGGGUGUUGGGCAUGGCCUUCGUCGGUACCGUGUGUUCUGUUCACAACGCUGGAGGGAUCAAUGUGUUCAGGGACUCCAACACGGCUGGGUUCUCCACGGUCCUGGCCCACGAGCUCGGCCAUAAUCUGGGCAUGGGCCACGACUCUACCGGCUGCUCCUGCGACGGAACCAGCAGCUGCAUCAUGGCAGCGGCCGCAGGGGGGGCAGCGCAGUUCAGCGACUGUAGCGGAGACGACUUCGAGCGGCUGGUUCUGGGGGGCGGGGGGGUGUGUCUCAUGAACCAGCCGCCGCCCUCUGAUGUGGUCAGCGUAGCCGUCUGUGGCAACGGCGUCCUGGAGAAGGGAGAGGAGUGUGACUGCGGAACACCAGAGGAGUGUAAGAGCCGCUGCUGUGAUGCACUCACCUGUCGCCUGACGUCCGGCUCGGUGUGUGCUGAAGGAGCGUGCUGUCAGGACUGCCAGUAUAAGGUGGCAGGAAGUCAGUGCAGAAGGUCUGAGAACCAGUGCGACCUGCCUGAGUUCUGUAACGGUUCCUAUGCGUUCUGCCCGGGCAAUUUCUACCUGAUGGACGGACUGCACUGUGACAACGCUCGGGCCUUCUGUUAUGAGGGGCGCUGCCAGACCUACGACUACCAGUGCAAACACCUGUUCGGCCCAGAGGCCACUAAAGCUGAUGACCGGUGCUUCGGUCAUGUCAACACCAGAGGCAACGAGUUUGGCAACUGCGGCUUCAGUGGCUCUAAACUGACCCCCUGUGCUGUGCAAAACGUGAUGUGCGGAAAGAUCCAGUGCACCGGCUUCGACUCGAACAGCCCGCCCAAAGGCGUGAUCAUCAGCAUCGAGACGCUGGAUAAGGGCGUGGUCUGCAAGAACGCACAUCAUAAUCUGGGCACCGACGUGCUCGACCCAGCCUACGUCAACCAGGGCAGUGUGUGUGCCCCUGGAAAGGCCUGCCUGAGCUUUAAGUGUGUGAAUGACUCGGCCCUGAUUCAAGACACCACCUGCACUGCCAGGGAGACGUGCAAUGGCAACGGGGUGUGUAAUAACGAGGGGCACUGCCACUGUAAUGACGGCUGGGCUCCGCCUCGCUGUGACCGCGGAGGACGAGGAGGCAGUGUGGACAGUGGCCCCGCCCAGAUUGACCACUCUCUGCGUAACGGGCUGCUGAUCUUCUUCCUGCUGGUGGUUCCUCUGCUGGUGCUGCUGGUGCUGGCACUGCUCUACGUCUUCAGACGAGACACUCUGGAACCCUGCCUCAGACAAGUCCACUCUAAACCCAACAGGCCAAAUGAUGCCCCAUCCCAGGCUAAUGGCAACCCGCAGAGAAGCACCUCCCCUCAAGCACCCACACAACUCGCACCUACCAACCCACAGCCGUUUCCCCCGUAUGUGUCCGAGUCAGCAGUCAGCUAUGACCCCUGGCAGAGUGGAGAGGAUGCUGGAUCUGCUGCUGCACCACCUCCGAGGCAGCAGGGGCCAGGAGCCCCCCGACCCAUCCCCCCCAAACACCUAUAGUGACCUCACACACACCCCCCCGACCCA